UUCAAAUUUGUCAAUUUGUUAACAUAACCUUAAAAUAGCUUAAGAAAACAACUCAAACUCAACAUUCUUCUUAUUAUUCUUACUACUCAUCAAAUCAAGAGUGAUUCGGCCGGACACCCUCUAGACAACAGAAACAGCAGAACAUAAGAAUUAGAAGAGUUUAUGAGGUUAAGGACACCGUUGAAGAAAUAUUUUGAAAAUGUUGUAAUUUUUAUUAUUAUUACUUUUUACCAGUUAUUCCAAUCUCAAAUUAAAAUUUAUUGUAAAUUAAAACACUCUAUCAUUACAAAUAAUAGUUCUGAAAAUAUUUUACGUUAUAAUAUGACCAAAGAAAUAGUGAUAAGUUGAAGGAUCUGAAUACUUGAAAUAGAAUAUUAUAUUGCCUCUCUGUGGGCCUUGCUGCAAGCACGCAAGUAAAGGUGAUAAAAGCUUACAUCAUGCAAAAUCAAACAAACUUUGGUUUUGGUGCCAAUCCAACCACUCAAGCAACACCUGGAGGAUUUCAAUUUGGUGCACCAACCCAGAACACUUCCACAGCUCCAAGUUUAUUUGGUUCUCAACCUGGUGCACCUGGAGUAUUCAAGCCUACUACUGGAUUUGGUUCCAUUGCAACCCAGCCAACAUCAGCUGCCCCAGCUUCUACAGGGGGAUUUUUUGGCUCCACUCCAGCACAGCCUGCAGCCACCUCCACACUUGGGCUUUUCAACACUACAUCAGCCACAACUGCAGCUCCAAGCCUAUUUGGACCAGCUACUUCUGCUUCUACUCUUGGUUCAGGUACAACCCCUGCUGUUGCUUCUACUGGCCUCUCAUUCAAUUUAGGAGCAGCUGCCACUACAUCAACCCCUGGAUUUGGCUUUGGUCUGGGAGCUGCUACCAGCAGUGCCCCUACAAGUGCUGCACCUAGCUUUGGGUUUGGUCAAGGAGGUACUCUUGCUCCAAGUACCACUCCUGCUAGUGUUGGAUUCAGUUUGGGAGGACCCACUGCAACUACUGCAUCCAGUUUCAGUCUGGGCCUUGGUGGCAGCACUGCAUCAGCUGUUGCUGCUGCAAGUGUUGCUCCUUCUAUUGUAGGCCUAGGUGGUGUGGCAACUACUCAGGCAAAAGCAGUGUCUGCUGCUAAGGAUGUAUGUCCUAAAGAACAACCAUUGCCAAAUGAACUACUUCAAACUGUUGAUGCUUUCAAGGAGAUGGUUAAACAGCAGAAGUUGCACAGUUCUGAUAUUGCUAGAUGUUCAGUUAGAGACUUUAGAAAGGUGGAAUCAGAAAUUGAUACCCUGACCAAACUCUUAACAGACGUAGAGAGUCAGCUCCAGAAAAACAGACACCUAGCUGAAAAACUCAAGUAUGACACAGCCAAGUGUCUACAGAGUGUGGAAAUAGCCCAACGAACACAAGACACACCUCCCGGACUACAAUACGAGAACACUGCACCCCUAAAGUACUUCUUGGACCUCGCCGAUAAAUUCGAGGCAGAAAUGCAGUCCUUGAAGGUCCAAAUAGAAAGCGCCGAUAACUACGUCAAAAAUUACCGCAGUCCCAACACUCUGACCCCACAAGACCUAACUUUGGGCAUCAGGAGACUGCAUGAAACCUUCGUGGCUCUGGCAGGAAGACUGCAUUCGGUGCACAGCCAAGUGGAAUCGCAAAAGGAGUCCUACUUGAACAUACGCCGGCAGGCUUACAACGACAACUCCAACCCUUUCGAGAAGCUUUACAAGCCCCAAGAUAUCAUAAUGAACAAUCUGAAGAACAGCCUUGUUUUCUCCCCGCCCAAAGUAGCCUCCGGUCCUACGCCCUUCAGUAACUUGGCGUUGGGCAAUAGUAACGCGAUUUUGUUGCAGCAGAGCCAGACGGCUAGUAGUUUUUCGAGUAGUGGGGCUGCCGGUGGGUUCGGGAGUGCUGCGAAGGCGCCUGAUACUUCCCUGUUUGGAAAUAGCUCUUUUGUGCAAAAUUCCAGUGGGUUUAUGUUGCAGAAACCGCCGACUGGUACGAAGAGGGGAAAACAAUGAUACUCUUUGGGGUUUUUGUUGGAGUUGGACAUCAAUGAUCAGUGAAGAAAAUAUAUAAGAUUUAAAUUGAUUUCGUAUUUUUCAUAUGUAUUGGUACAAGUUUUAUUAAAAUGAGUUG